GGACGUUCAUUUACAAUGGAAAUAGGGCAAAGCGAGUGUCUCUAGGACGGUGCACUCAUUUCUUCCCACCAAUGUGGUACUUCGUAUCUCCAUCUCUAUUUCUUCAGGGGGUCUUCGGAUGCCCAAGUGUCCUCGUAAGCUCAGCCCGUGACUGUACACUAAAAAGGGUUCAGAGAUGCUCGGGCAGGUAUACGGAGUUAUUAGGACGGGAAACGGGACGGCUCACGGGUCCCCCCACUAAAACAGGCCAAGGUCCCCCGCCUCCAGUGGUGGGUGCGACUGUCCAGGCGGGUACCUCCAGAGUACCUUCAGCACUGGGACCCACAUCUUCAGCGCUGCCGCCCGCAUUUGUCAGUUCAUGCGCAGAAAAAAAACGCGUUCGAUGUGGAAAGGGCGGUGCAGGACCGCGUUGGGACAGAGCGCCUGACGGUGGUGACUGACCGACUUGCACUGCAAGGAGGAGCCCAGGACCCCGAACACCCACCAGCACCAGCACCACCACCCACCACCACCCACCACCCAUCGCCAAACAUCCUCAACCUCACUACAAGGUCGACGACCCAAGACCCUCGCUUCUGCCAAUUCUAACAUAUCAUUUUGCUCCCCAUCAUCUUCACCGGAUAGCAAUUAUCGGGGCUUUUGUAUUGCUAUUCGCAGCGUCGUCUCGCCCCCCGAACAAAGGAUCCCGCCACGCUUGGCUCUAGAUCAAUUGGC